AUGAAAUAAUUAAUAAUUUAUAUCAAGCUGUCAGGCUUUCUUUUUAAAUAAUUACUCUAAAUUUGUAAUGACUUGUUGAGAAUAAUUUUUUCUUAUUUAUUACAGAAUGAAGAUAGAUACAUGUAAGAUGAAAUAUAAAAGAACUUUUUAGAAAUUAUUGAAGAAGUUAAAUCUCAAAUGUAAAUAGAAGCUGCCAAUAUUUGGAUGAAUGGAGCAAAUUUCGAGCUUUAAAUGAUGAAUAUUUGUAUAUCUCAUUGUAGGACCAAUUCUCAAAAAGGAAAGCAAUUCAUUAUAUCUUUUGUUGGUGGGCUAUUUUCAUCUAUUUCUUAACUAAAACCUAGUGAAAAAUUAAUAGAUUCGUUAAUUGAAGCAGGAAAAUUUUUACUCUUGAAUUUCUACAAUAAACAAAUACAAAAUCCGCUUAAAGUAUAUGAAAUUAAUUAUUAUUUCGAAAAUCUUAAAUGGUCAAUAGUAAACCAAUUGAAAUUGGGUUAUUCUAUUCAAAAUGUUAUAAAGCAGAUUCAAGACGGAUAUUCAAAAUACAUCAAACUAUCUAAGGAUUGGAGAGUUCAUUACUUUUGGGUCAAUUUGAUAUCAGAUAUCAUGUGUUAUAGACCAAUUUUCCUUAAGACUCAAAUUAAAUAAUAUUUAUAAUCAUAAACUUUUGAUGAAGAAACUUGGAAUCAAUUAGUAGUUUAGUUGCCUUAUAAUAAGUUUGCUGGUAAACUAAAAUUAUUAUCCAACACAAAUUUUACAUUAAAUAAGUACUUGAUUCAAAAUUAAUGUGAUAUUUAACUUUUGCCAAAUUAUAUCAAUUUUAAUUUCAAUGCUCAAUAAGGGAAACAAUUUUAAGAUGAAGAACUUUUUAUUCAAUCAUUAACUAAUCAAUAGAACUUAGAAAUCUUAAAAAUAUUAAUCAAAUAAUUAAGGUACUAAAUUGACUAGGCACUUAGAAAUUUUUAAUUGGUAAAAAAUUAAGUGAGUUGGCUUGAUUCGUAAAUGAAUAGUAAAAUACAUAUUGAAAUUGAAAUCUUUAGGCAAGAACUAAAAGUAUUAAUGAAAAAAAUUAAAUAAUCAAGCCAGCUAUUGCUAUAUUUAAUUAAUGAGAUAAAUUUAAUUGUAAAUAAGGAACUUUAAAUUAAUUUAAUGAUUUAAAAGAUCUUAUAAGAAUAAUUUUAAACUAUAGGAAGAGAGUCAAAAAAAAUAGAGGAAUAAAUUUUAGCAAUCAUACGAGAAAUUGAAAAUAAACAUGGAUCUGAAUUUUUAGGUAUUUUACAGAAUGUCUCUUAAUUUUAGAUAUUAAUUGCUCGAUAUACGUCUCUCUCACACUUAGAAUUAAUUGAGGGGAAUCUUGAAAUUGAAAAAUCUCUUUAAUUAUAAUUAGACUAGGCCAUCAUAUCUAUUAAUAAUAUAUAUAACUAUUUCGAUAAAUUUCGUUUUUAGAUCUCUAAUAUUAAGAGAAAUUUCUUAAAGUUAUUAGAAUAAUAAGAAUUCAAGGGUGUUUUGAAAGAAUCAGUUAGCUAAAUUAAUCCAGUAUAAAUAGUUAUAUAGUUGUUUAAUCCUUAAUUGAUUUUAAAAUUAAUAAAAGAAUCUUUGGAAUAUUAUGAAAAAUAAUUGUAAGAGAAUAUAUAAAUCGAAAAUGUAAAGGAUGUUCAGUAAAUUCUAAGAAUCAUUCAUUCAAACAUCAAUAUUUAUAAGGGAUUCGAAAUAAUUCUUAAAUAGCACCAAAAAAUCCUAUUAUCAACAUCAACACUAAUUUAAGGAGUGUUUGAAAAAUUAAGUUUUGGCCACAUAUAAAAUAAGUAAUAAUGUGAAAUAGAUAUUAAACAAUAUAUAAAAGCAUUCAUCCUCAAAAUUAGGGAAUAAUUAGACCUUUUAUUUCAAAAAUACUAAAAUUAAGAAUUGACCAAAGAAGAAUAAACAGAUUUAAGUAUUAUAUAGAAUCAACUUAGUAAUGAGAUGAAUAAGAUUAAAGUGAUGGAUUGGAGAGAUUAAAUGAAAAUUGAAGAUACUUGA